GCGGACGCUGGGCCAAUGGGAGGCCGUCACGAGCAGAGGCGGGGCCCGGAGGAAUCAGGGCUGGGCCGCACGGAGACAGUUGGCGGAGUCGUGUGGCCAUCGCGGGAGAGGGGGAAGCCGAGCGGGCGGCCGCGGACAUCGGCCUACCCGAAGCCUCACGGCCGCCUGCCCGAAGCCUCACGCCCGCCACUGCCACUGCCCGCAUGGUGCCGAUUCCUAACUAAGCGGCGGCAGCGGCGAGGCCUGAGGGCCGGCGCCGCAGAGGCGACUCGGGAUCCCGGCUUCCCGUCGCCCACACUUCCUCCUGUGGCGGCCGUCUCGGCGGGCGGGAUGGCGGCGGCGGCGAUGCGGCAUAGCGGCCGCACAUCUGUCCCUCGGCUGCUUCUGCUCCUGCUGGUUCCACUGCUGUGGGCCUCGGCUGGGGUCCGGGCCGUCCCGGAGGAAGACCUGAGCCACAGGAACAAGGAACCGCCGGCGCCAGUCCAGCAGCUGCAGCCGCAGCCUGCGGCCGCGCAGGUCCCCGAGCCGGUCCGGGCGGAGAAAGGACCUACACCAGCUGCUCCAGUUCAUACCAAUGAAGAAGAUCCAGCUACCCAAACUAAUUUAGGAUUUAUUCAUGCAUUUGUCGCUGCCAUAUCAGUUAUCAUUGUAUCUGAACUGGGUGAUAAGACGUUUUUUAUUGCAGCCAUUAUGGCAAUGCGCUAUAACCGCCUGACAGUGCUGGCUGGUGCUAUGCUUGCCUUGGGCCUAAUGACAUGCUUAUCAGUUUUGUUUGGCUAUGCCACCACAGUCAUCCCCAGGGUAUAUACAUACUAUGUUUCCACUGCAUUAUUUGCCAUUUUUGGCAUUAGAAUGCUUCGGGAAGGCUUAAAGAUGAGUCCAGAUGAAGGUCAAGAGGAACUGGAAGAAGUUCAAGCAGAAUUAAAGAAAAAAGAUGAAGAAUUUCAACGAACCAAACUCUUAAAUGGGCCAGAUGUUGAAACGGGUACAAACACGAUACCUCAGAAAAAGUGGAUGCAUUUUAUUUCACCAAUCUUUGUUCAAGCUCUUACAUUAACAUUCUUAGCAGAGUGGGGUGAUCGCUCUCAACUAACGACGAUUGUUCUGGCAGCUAGAGAGGACCCCUGUGGUGUAGCAGUGGGUGGAACAGUGGGCCACAGCCUAUGCACUGGAUUGGCUGUAAUUGGAGGAAGAAUGAUAGCACAAAAAAUCUCUGUCAGAACUGUGACAAUCAUAGGAGGCAUCGUAUUUCUGGCAUUUGCAGUUUCUGCACUAUUUAUAAGUCCUGAUUCUGGUUUUUAACAAGCUAUUUUCAUUUAUAUUUAGUUUAAGAUAGGUAACUCUUGUGUUUAUGUACAUAGUAUAUAACUAAAAGUGAUAGAAAAUACUGUAUUUUGUAGCAAUGAGUUAUUAUUGAUUAUGUCCAAAAGAAAUGAUCAUUGAUUCUAUUUGCAACAUGGAUUUUUUAAAGAAACCUGAUGUCUAAGUGUGGAUUUUUCUUUUCUCCAGUAUAAUCACGUUAACAUGGUCUGUUUUUUGAGGGUUUUCUUAGCUUUUUCACAGGGGAUGUAUACAGAACCACUGUGCAGUGGAGUCUACCAUUUGAUUUUCUUUCUGCACUGACCCCUUUAUAAGGAAUCUACAUUUUUUCUCCCUGGAUCACUGAAGCAUUUUAAGAUGUUUAUCUUAAAAUUUUUUCUGGGGACAGAAUGAAUUGUGUCUUGUAAAGCAUUUCCCUGAACCAGUAAGCAGUA